AUGUUCCUCCCGCACUCCAUUACCAUUUCCCAUAAUUGCACUUAUACAUACACAUUCACUCAUAUAGAGAGAGACUUCUCGAUUCCUCAUUUUCAGUUUCUUGAGAGUAACACUGCGUGCUAGUGUGUGUGUGAGAGAGGAGGAAUUUGGCAUUUGAAGUUUCUGCAAUCUCUCGAGUUCGGUGCACUUCGUGAGAAAAAGGAAAAGAAUUAAGCAUGAAGGAGACCGACAAGAAGAGGGGUUCAAACAAUAAACAAGGAAAACGUCCUUCAAAGGCUGAAAAUUGCGGGAAAAACUUGAAGGUGAAAGAGAUUGAUGUUAAAGCUUCAGCUGGUAAACAAAAGUCCAACAUAUUAGUAAGUGAUUCAAACAUGGACUUAGAGUCCUCUGAAGUUUAUAACAAUGUGGUUAUAGAUUAUGUGGAUGAUGUCUACAGGUCUGAGGAAGCAUUAGACAAUUCAAAAAUACUUAAAAUGGUUGAGAAAGAAAGCAAGGAAAAAUCGAAUGGUCAUUCUAGUGAUUUGGAGAGUGAAUGUAGGGAGGGGACUGCCGAAGAAUCUGAUCCUGGGACAAUCAGUGAUUCAGUUUCAUCUCGAGGGGAUCCACAAAUGGCUGAUGAGGAAAAGCUAGAAAAGGCGUCAAGAGUUUCCAAAAUGCUUGCUAAAAAUGAAUCCCCUGACAGUUCUUAUGCACCAAGGGUGAAAUCCAACCAGAAAACGAAUAGUUCACAAAUCAAAGCUUCAAAAGCCACACCAAAGAAAGCCAUAAAACCCAACAAAGGGCCUUCUAAAUCGACAAUAAGAAAUUCAACUGAUAACUCAAGAAAUAUUAAAGUCCAUCCAAAACCUUUAUCAGAGAUCUCUGAGAGAGUUGAUGACAAACCUCUUGAGGAGGUAAAGGAAGCAGAUGUCCUCGAUGAGGUCUCAAAUGGUGCUCUUAGUGUCUGCAGUGAUGAUGAAAUAGUUAGUAACGAGGAAAAUGGUGAGAAUGAAGACAGGGCUGCUUUAGGUCAAAAGAUUGAGGAAAUGGAGAAUAGGAUUGAGAAAUUGGAAGAGGAACUGAAAGAGGUUGCUGCCCUUGAAAUUGCACUCUACUCUGUUGUACCUGAGCAUGGUAACUCAGCACACAAGGUGCACACACCUGCGAGGCGCCUUUCUCGACUCUAUAUCCAUGCAUGCAAGUAUUGCUCUCAAGUAAAGCGAGCGACCAUUGCUAGAAACACUAUAUCUGGGCUUGUUCUAGUUGCUAAGUCAUGUGGCAAUGAGGUUUCAAGGUUAACAUUUUGGUUGUCAAACACUGUUGCUCUGAGAGAAAUUCUCUCUCAAGCAUUUGGGAGUUCAUGUGUCUCCAGUUCCCUUACGAAGAUCGUCGAGUCAAAUGGAGGAGGAAAGAAGAGCGAAUCAAAGUCUUCAUCGGUCAACUGGAAAAAUAAGUCUGGCAGUCGACAACCAAGCACGCUGGGUUUUGUACAGUUUGUUGACGAUUGGCAACAAACAAGAACCUUUACUGCUGCCUUGGAGAAAGUCGAGUCCUGGAUAUUCUCACGGAUAGUUGAGUCAAUAUGGUGGCAGACUCUGACUCCUAAUAUGCAAUCUCCCACUGACGAGUCCCUAACAAACAAAGCAGUUGGUAAGUUACUGGGGCCGGCCUUAGGUGACCAGCAGCAAGGCAACUUUUCUGUUAACUUGUGGAGAAAUGCUUUUCAUGAUGCUCUCAGACGACUUUGUCCUGUUCGAUCAGGGGGGCAUGAAUGUGGUUGCUUGCCUGUUUUGUCAAGGAAGGUGAUGGAACAAUGUGUUGGGAGGCUAGACGUGGCCAUGUUCAAUGCCAUUCUCCGUGAGUCUGCCCACGAGAUCCCAACCGAUCCUAUAUCUGAUCCUAUACUUGAUUCCAAGGUUUUGCCUAUUCCAGCUGGAGACUUGAGUUUUGGGUCUGGUGCACAGCUUAAAAAUUCCGUUGGCAAUUGGGCUAGAUGGCUGACAGAUUCGCUUGGCAUGGAUGCUGAUGGUUCUGUGCAAGAUGGUAAGAGCAGCUGCAAGGAUGAUGACAGGAGGGGUAUUAGUGAGGAACCUAAAUGCUUUCCUCUUCUAAAUGCCUUGAGUGAUCUUCUAAUGCUUCCGAAAGAUAUGCUUAUGGAUCGAGCAAUCAGAAUGGAGGUGUGUCCGUCAAUCAGUCUUUCAUUAGUUAAGCGAAUAGUGUGCAACUUCACUCCAGAUGAGUUCUGCCCUGAUUCUGUCCCUGGUGCUGUGUUAGAGGCACUUAAUGCUGAGUGUAUCAUUGAACGGAGAUUGUUAGGAGAAUCCGACAGCAGCUUCCCCUACACUGCUGCUCCAGUUGUGUACACACCACCUACGUCUUCUGAUAUUGCAGAAAAAAUUGGCGAGGGUGGCGGAAUAUCUCAGUUGUCCCCAAGGGCAUCUUUUAUACAGAGGAAGGGAUACACAAGUGAUGAAGAACUUGACGAAUUGGAAUCUUGUCUAACGACUGUCAUCGACAAAAUGCCGUCAUCUCCAACUACUCUAUCAAAUGGAAAUGGAAACGGAAAUCACCACGAUCAAUCAGACCAUAUUGGAGCCAAUGCUAGGUACGAUCUCCUUCGUGAAGUCUGGAUGGCAUCAUAAGGUUAAAAUAGUUGCUUGAAUUGUGUGGUUACUUUGAUGCAUUUUGUGAUAUAAUCUCAGUAAAUAUGAAAAACAAAGCAGCAUGAUACAUAGAACUGAAAUCAUUUGCUCAUUUUUAGUAUUCGAGUCCAUAGUUCAUUGUAUCAAAUUAUGAGAACAUGUUAUGGGAAAGGUUUUUUUUUUUAAUGGUAGUGAAUAAGUAAUAAUCAUUAACGAUAUUGUAUUAA